AUGUUGCAACUAUCACCAGCGUACAUGGAGCGGUUCCAGCCAAAUUAUUCUUAUGUAUUUGAAUUUGAGAGAAAAUUUGAGCAUGAAAAUACACGUGACUGGAUGACAGAUCAUUGGAAGAAUUCAGUUUACUUUGGUGCUAUUUACUUGGUAGCAAUAUUUGCCGGGCGUCAAUGGAUGGCUAAUAGACCUAAGUAUGACCUAAGAGGAUUACUGACUGUGUGGAAUAUUGCUCUGGCGAUAUUUUCAAUAAUGGGUGUUGUUAGGACUGUACCAGAGUUCUAUCAUGUGCUAAAAAACUACGGAUUCUAUCACAGUGUCUGUGUACCCAGUUUCAUGUUCAACCGAGUGUCUGGUUUCUGGGUAUGGAUGUUUGUGCUGUCAAAAUUACCGGAGCUGGGUGACACUCUGUUCAUCGUGUUAAGAAAACAGCGGUUGAUAUUUCUCCACUGGUACCACCAUAUGACUGUGUUGAUGUACGCGUGGUUCUCGUACGCGGAGUACUCAGCCCCAGCACGCUGGUUCGUCGUUGUGAAUUACACUAUCCAUGCAAUGAUGUAUACAUACUACGCAUUGAAAGCAAUGCGGUACUCGCCGCCUACGUGGAUUGCGAUGAUGAUAACGACACUGCAAAUAGCGCAAAUGAUUGUCGGAUUUGCCAUAACUAUUUGGGUCUACCAAAUGUAUGUCUCACAUGGUCAGCGUGAAUGUCAUAUUACCAUGACAAAUAUCCGCAUCAGUGCUCUAAUAUACAUCAGCUACUUGGUACUAUUCGCAAAAUUCUUCCGAGAGGCCUACAUGACUAAAAGAAGUGCUUCUACGGAUAAAAGUAUCCACAAAAAAGCCCAGGACAGUAAAGAGUACAAUCUCAAUGGCAAGCUCAAGAGUAAUUAA